GUACUUGAACUUACGGGUCGCCGGGCUCUGGCCGGGAAGUGGCAGCCUCGAGGAGUGUCGGCAGCUUGCGGUGGGCGCCGGGGUCGACGCAGGCUGCUCCGGCAGCUUCUUCCAGUAUGCCACCAACGAGGACUGUGGCUGCGCCAGGGACGACUGUAACGAGAAGACGGAACAGAGCAACUGGGCCAUCUACAAAUCCACGGCGCCUCAUCUUUGGAAGAUGGGGGUCCACUGCACGAACUAU